GGUCCGCAGGCGCGGCGCGGCCCGGCCAUGCCGGCCAAGAGGAAGCCGGUGCUGCCGGCCCUCACCAUCACUCCCAGCCCCGUCGAGGGACCCGGACCCGGCGGUUCCGCAGAAGGACAGACUUUCUCUGGACCCUCACAGACUGAUGCCCCCAUCAUCUCCUGCAGGGCUAAUCUGGUGGACCUUCAGAAGAAGCUCGAGGAGCUGGAGCUGGAUGAGCAGCAAAAGAAGCGUUUGGAAGCUUUCCUCACUCAGAAAGCCAAAGUGGGAGAGCUGAAGGAUGAUGACUUUGAGCGGAUCUCUGAGCUGGGGGCUGGCAAUGGUGGUGUGGUCACCAAAGUGCAACACAAACCCUCAGGGCUCAUUAUGGCACGGAAGCUGAUUCAUCUAGAAAUCAAACCAGCCAUCAGGAAUCAGAUCAUCCGAGAGCUGCAGGUGCUGCAUGAGUGUAAUUCCCCAUAUAUUGUGGGUUUCUAUGGAGCCUUCUACAGCGAUGGAGAGAUUUCCAUCUGCAUGGAGCACAUGGAUGGUGGCUCCCUGGAUCAAGUGUUGAAAGAAGCCAAAAGAAUUCCUGAAGAAAUACUGGGGAAAGUCAGUAUAGCGGUUCUGAGAGGUUUGGCCUAUCUGAGAGAGAAGCACCAAAUCAUGCACAGAGAUGUGAAGCCUUCCAACAUCCUGGUUAACUCUCGAGGAGAGAUUAAGCUGUGUGAUUUUGGGGUCAGUGGUCAGCUCAUUGACUCCAUGGCAAACUCUUUUGUGGGAACUCGGUCCUACAUGUCUCCUGAGCGGUUGCAGGGCACUCAUUACUCAGUCCAGUCCGACAUCUGGAGCAUGGGUCUGUCACUGGUGGAGCUUUCUAUUGGAAGGUAUCCAAUACCCCCACCAGACUCCAAGGAACUGGAAGCAAUAUUUGGCCGUCCUAUGGUGGAUGGGGCAGAGGGAGAAUCUCACAGCGUCUCGCCGCGGGCCAGACCCCCAGGACGCCCCAUCAGUGGCCAUGGAAUGGACAACCGACCUGCAAUGGCCAUUUUUGAACUGCUGGACUAUAUAGUUAAUGAGCCACCUCCCAAGUUGCCAAAUGGAGUUUUUACGCAAGAUUUCCAGGAGUUUGUAAAUAAAUGCUUAAUUAAGAAUCCAGCGGAACGGGCAGAUUUGAAGAUGCUGAUGAAUCACACCUUCAUCAAGCGUUCUGAAGUGGAGGAGGUGGAUUUCGCCGGCUGGCUCUGCAAAACAUUGAGGUUAAACCAGCCCAGCACACCCACCCGUGCUGCCGUGUGAUGGCCGAGCCGACCGCCUGGUGUCAGUACAUCUGCCUCUGUCACCAUUCCCUGUCCUUCAGUACACAACAGAACUGCCCUUCUUCCUUCUCCCCAGCCCCUUCUCACCUCGCAUCCCACUGGCAAAGCACCAUCACUUGGAAAUGUUAAUCAGCUGCCCCCCACCCCAAGCAAAUGUGGGCUUGGUUUCUGUUGUUCUGGGGGUGUCCUGGGCCUCUGCUCCAACUUGGAGCUCUUGACAAUUGGGAAAUGUGCUGCUUAUGUUAAUUUUUUUCUCUUU